AUGAAGAAGAAAACAAUUGCAUUGGAUGAAGUGAUGUUACUUCUACUAGCAACAGCCAUUUUGGUAGAGUCUUCUGGCAUAGGGGCUUCUAAUGUAGAAGCUACUUCUGUAAAGGUCAUAGAUUACAUGGAUCUACUUAUUCAAACUGCUUUUGACAAAAACACAACUGCUUUGAAAGGUGCCACUUUGAAUGUCAGUCUCCCAGCUUUGAUAUCUCCUUUUAUGGUAAAAGAAGAAUUUAUCAUGUGCUAUUCUGUUUUCUUUUUGGGUAGUAAAGCAUACAACACAUUCUCACCUACCCGCCCUGGUAAUUUCACCUUGUGGUUUGAAAUAUCUCAAUGUUCCAUUAAUGGAUGUUCAUUGUUUGUAAGCCUACCAGAUUCUUCAGGAAGUAAUCUAUAUUUAAAUGCUGGAAAAUUUGAUGCUCCUGUUUGGAUGACCAUUUGCGAGUAUAUCAACACAAGGACAGGACGUAAUUGGGUUUCUGUGCCACAGCUUAACUUCAACCAAACUUACCAUGGGAACUAUCCACAACCCCUGACCAAAUAUUCUAUGGUCAUAAAACAAUGGAAUAUCCCAGGCAAAUUUGGAAACCUCAAUGUUUACAGUACAGAUGUAACUCCUGUAUGUAGGGGUCCUGGAGAUAUCUAUGCCUGGAAUGCCUCUGACUGGAGUUUUGAGACAAAAUAUCCAAAUCUUAUAAAGACAAAAGAAACAAACAUAGAGGACAUUUGUGGAGAAACUACUAGUUUAUUUGCAGAAUUUGAACUGAAUUUCGAUGAUAUUUUGAGGCUUGUAGAAAAACUUGGUGGUGGUGAAAUUGUAGAUAUAGAUUCAAACAAUCUAACAGAUCAAAAAAUUUAUUUUCCCUACAUAGAAACAAAUGGAACUCAAUCAUUUUUCAAUAUCUAUACUAAUGGCACUCUGCCUAAAACUGCUAAUUGGUGUUCUGGUAGUCCUGCCAAAACCAAACUGGCUAGAAGAUGUCUUAUGUAUGAUGAAUGUAUUUUUGCAAACCCAUGUGAUCACAAGAGAUCUUCAUUUUUAAAAGUUUGGUCAAACUUAACAUUAACCCUGAGAGGUCUCUGUGAUGGUAGUGAGUUUGACAAGGUAUAUAAACCUAUGAUGGGUAUGGACCAUUUUAUUUAUGUGGGGAGUACUGGAACAAUUAUCAAGUUCAGCUCUGAUCAACAAGUAUGGAUUGCAUCCAAUAUACAUGACAUGAGUAAUGCUCACAUUAAAGCAAGUGGAGAUACUUAUCUUUUUGGAUUAAAUGGAUGGGUGACCUUGAGAGAUAAAUCUUGUGAUUUAAGAGAUUUUAAUGUCAGUUUCUCUUUUUGCUCUGCUCAGGAAUUUACUUGUAAUGAUGGUUUUUGUAUUCGGCUUGAAAAAAGGUGCAACCAUGAAACAGACUGUAGGGAUGGAUCAGAUGAAGUUGAUUGCAACAUUUUGCGACAAAAGCCAGGAUAUAAUAAACAACUGGCCCCCAAGCAAGAUGCUUUCUUUACAACUGCUGAAAAUGAUCAGCGUCUAUCAGUAAAUGUUUCUGUUACAAUUAUUGACAUCUUAAACAUUGAUGAAGUAAACCAAGAAAUUAAAGCAAAAAUGAUGGUUUUGCUGGAGUGGAAUGACUCUGGUCUCACCUUUGCCAACUUAAAGGAGCAUAGAUCACAAAAUAUGCUGACAGUUGAAGAAAUAGAAGCAAUUUGGACUCCUGAGUUGUAUUAUGAUGAUAUAAACAUAUACUAUCGGGAGGAGAAUGAGAAGAAUGUUGUAUUGGUGGAGAUGACAAAACCAAAUUUUACAACUCUCAAAUUAAAUCAUGUAUCCAAUGAACGAGUAUUUGGCAGUGAUACAUUUGUCCUACUUCAAAGAUGCAUAAAAAGUUAUACUUUUAUUUGCAAUUUUGACAUGACUAUGUCCCCCUUUGAUAUUCAAACUUGUAGUUUAAACUUCUCCUUGAUACACCAUCAGAACUUUUCAGCACGAUUGAACCCUGCAAUUCUAACCAAUCAAGGGUCAGAUGAUGUAAACCAGUACUCCAUUUACAGGCAAUACUUUUAA